CUUCCUCUGGAAGAAGCAGCGAUGGCCGACAAAGGUGGAAGUAACGACGAGGAAAAUCCAAAUUUACGGCGCCGAAGGGACUCUGAGGAGGAAGACGGCGCCUACGACGACGGUGCCUCGAGUUCGAGUGGUACCCGGAGACCCGAUAUUGGCCUGGGUCACGCUCAAAAACGCAGAGGUCGCGGCAGCAGGGACGACUCAACACCGGAGAUGCCUCGGCGGGAAGACAGCGGAUCUCUCUCUUUCAAGCACUUUCUGCAGUCGCCGAGCACAUCCACAGGCACUCGACCCAAAGUGUACGACAACCCGAGGCACAGCUACGACCAGAACUCUCCUCCGUUUCGUCGUCCGCCAGGUGCGUCCGCAGAGUUGACCUCAGCCUUGCCAGACUUUGUGCAGGACCACUUGGUGAUGGAGCAAUGCUACCUGCAGAACAACAUUGAUAUUGACAACCUGCCUGACUUUGCUGCCAUGGACCUGGGCCAGAGGGGAGGACUGCCCUUCGACCUGACAGCCAGGAACGGCGGCGAACCUUCUCAGAAUAAUGGGAGUUUGCCCCUUGACCUGGCGCCCUCGGCUGCUGACCGACCUGCAAGAGGCCCCAAUGACAAUGUGCCCUGUGAUCUAGGACUUGGGAAUAGUCUAGUACAACAAUCACCACUGGAUUUGCGGGGAGGAGAAAUGAAUCUUCAAGACAAUUCUGUAAAUCAGUCCUUGCCAGACUUUUUGUCCGAUGCACCAAUUUUAACUGGGAGAGAGACUGAUGGUGGGCCGGUAGCUAUGAUCGAAGAUAAUGAACGAAAUGGAAUGACUGACAAUGAGAGGAUCCUCCGAAGGCAGCUGACGGAGGCAACAAGGCGAGCAGAUCAGCUGGAAAUGGAGCUUCAAAGGCAGCAAGAAGUCAUUCGACACAAAGAAGAAGUCCUGCGCAGAACAAAUAGUGAACUUGCAGCCUUGAGGAGAGAAAACUCGAGUCUCAGACAAGGAAUCGGAGGUGGACAUCCUGAUCACCGAACUCAAAGACUAGCACAAAGUUUGGUUGCUGCAGCAUCAAAUGCAGAGUCAUCCCUGAGGACUUUACUUCAAGGAGUGGAAGACCUGCGCAUACUCGCUACGGCAAUCGACCAAGGUACCUCGGGUCAGCCACAUUCUCCACCAAGACAGUCUCCGCACCAUGAUUUUGAUCCCGAGGACAGAGCAGGACCUGCCCUUUAGGAACAGCACAUUUUGCACAUUUGUGGAAUUUUUACAAAUCGUAAAUUAUUUUUAUUAGCGAAAAGUUGUUUUUAAGUGAAUGUGUGAUAAUUGAAUAAGAUUGAUUUAUAAUAUUUUAAGUUGUUCUCUGUAAAUAUCGAGAGUUGACAUUCCCUGGUAAGGUGCAGCAAGAGACAUGUCAAGUGCUAUAAAAGUGACCAGUGACUUAUGAUUGUGAAUUUUGUAAUGUGUAUGUCAUUCCCAGAGCAUAUACUGGGGUCAGAAAACACAUCAUUCAUUUGAACACUAAAUGUGCCAAAUUAUGAAAAUUGAAUCCACAGGCAGACGUACUUUUGUAUUAAAGUAUUUUUGUCUCGAUAGAGUUGAUAUUCCAUUUAAUUUCUUAACUCAAACAGUCUCACACUCGGUUUUCAGUACCAGUAGCUUCUAAUCAUGUAUUUGUACUAAAAUAAAAUAAAAAUUACUGUAAUAGAACUCAUGCAAAAUGG